AAGUUACUAAAAAUUCUUUUCAAACUUCUACAGUUAUUCCCAAUCAUUCUUCUGUCAUACCAUUAGAUAUGACAGAUAUCCCAAUUUCUACAAAUGAAACAUCUAAAAAAAUUUCGUAUAUAACUAAUCCAAUAGUUAUACAUACUCCAGUAAAUUCUACCUUGUCUUCUCAUACAACUGGUAAAUGGACAGUUGUUAAUGGAACAGAUCAAAUUUGUAUUGUAAUACAGAUGUCUGUGAUGUUUAAUAUCUCUUAUGUCAACAUUAAUAAUAAGACAUCUUUUAUAACGUUCGAUAUACCGACAGAUAAUAUUACUACCAAAGCAAGUGGAUAUUGUGGCAAAUUGGAACAAAAUUUGACAUUAGAAUGGUCUGCUAAAAAUAUAACUAAUGGUAGUAUGACAUUGCAUUUUAUGAGAAAUGCAACUGAAAAUGAUUAUUCUCUUCACCAUUUGGAAGUCUUUCUUCCAGCAUCAGAUUUUCCUUCAGAUUCAAAAUUGAAUGGAUCAGUAUCUUUAAUACAUGAAACACCUGAUUUUGAAGUUAGAUUAUCCAAUUCUUAUAGAUGUUUAAAACAACAAACACUCAAUUUAAAACAGAAUAAUAGUAACGAGACAUCUGGCUAUUUAAUUAUAUCAGGACUCCAAUUUCAAGCAUUCAAAGUUGAUAAUUCUACUGUGUUUGGUUUAGCCAAAGAUUGCGCUUUUGAUACACCAGACGUCGUACCAAUAGCAGUAGGCUGUGCACUAGCAGGAUUAGUAAUUAUAGUGUUGAUCGCGUACUUGAUCGGUCGUCGUCGAAAUCAAGCUCAUGGCUAUCUUAGUAUGUAAUGUUAAUAUGUUUUUUAUUUUUAAUUUUUUUCGUUGAUUCAGUGAAAAUUUCAUUAUUUAGUUUAUAUAAUGUAUUAUAAUGUUAGCUGCAAAACUUAAAAGAAGAUAUUUCCCAAAAAUCAUAUAAUAAUUAAAAAUUGCAAUACGAACUUUUAAAAAUAUAAUUAACAGGAAAAUAAAAAUAUAUAAAAUUUAUAAUUUAUUACAUCAUAUUUACAAUCAUGUAUGAUGUCUCUGAAUUAUAAAACAUUUUAUUACAUAUUCAAGUAAUAAAAUAAUACAAUAUGUAACAUA